CGGGUCCGCUCCUGGCCAAUGCGCGCGCUCCUCCGUGACGGUCGGAAGUGGUGAGGCGGCUUCGGGGGCCGUUGUUCAGUCGCGGGGGCUCACCGUAGAGGCUCAGUGUCUGCGGCUUAGCGGAUUGGCUUGGCGUGUCUCUUCUCGUCCCAGUGACCCUUUCUGCGUGAGGAAUCCGAAGGCCCAGAGAGGUUAAAUCACACAUCUCCUGAACGGCAGAAGCAGAAUUGGCCCUCAGAGGGGACCAACUCCGAGCCCUGCGUGCCGCCUCAACCCUCUUGAAGCUAGAGAACCGGGAACAGCUCAAGAUGGCUGAAUUUCUAAAUGACCAGGACACUCGACUGUGUGACAAUUGCAAAAAAGAAAUUCCUGUGUUUAACUUUACCAUCCAUGAGAUCCACUGUCAAAGGAACAUUGGUGUGUGUCCUGUCUGCAAGGAACCAUUUCCCAAAUGUGACAUGGAGACGCACAUGGCUACAGAACAUUGUCAGGUGACCUGCAAGUGUAACAAGAAGUUGGAGAAAAGGCAGCUAAAGAAGCACGAGGAGACUGAGUGUCCUCUACGGCUUGCCCUUUGCCAGCACUGUGAUCUGGAACUUUCUGUUCUCAAACUAAAGGACCAUGAAGAUUACUGUGGUGCCCGGACGGAGUUAUGUGGCACCUGUGGGCGCAAUGUCCUGGUGAAAGAUCUGAAGACUCACCCUGAAGUGUGUGGGAGAGAUGUGGAGGAAAAGAGAGUCGAGGCUGCCAUGCCACCUAAUGCGUAUGAUGAAUCUUGGGGUCCAGAUAGGAUCUGGAUUGCGUCCCAGCUCAGACAGAUUGAGGCUCUGGACCCACCCAUGAGACUCCCUCGAAGGCCCCUGAGAGCCUUUGAAUCAGACCUUUUCCAAAGUAGAACCACCAACCAAAGGAGCAUGACAGCCCAGUUUCCAAUUCAGAAUAAUCUAUUGGAAGAACAAGAAAGGCAGGAAAGGAAUAGAAGCCGGCAGACCCCCAAAGAGCGUGGUGAAGACAGUGCAAAUUUGGACUUCAUGUUGGCCCUAAGUCUGCAGAAUGAAGGCCAGGCCCCCACCUUGGCAGAGCAGGACUUCUGGAGGGUCAUAUAUGAGGCAGACCAGUCCCGUGAAGGUCCCAGCGCUCUGAAUGACAUCAGGGGUGCAGUUGACGAGACCAUGUUGCCUUGUGAAUUUUGUGAGGAGCUCUACCCAGAGGAACUGCUGAUUGACCAUCAGACAAGCUGUAACCCUUCAUGUGCCUUACCUCCGCUCAGUGUGGGCAGCACUUCGCCCCGAGGGGUGGAGGACCCUGAUGUUAUCUUCCAGAAGCUGAUGCGGCAGUCUGCAGGUGACCAGUUUGAGUCUUUGAUGGGUCUCAGCAGCUCUCCUCCCGUGGAGGACAGUGUUGUCAUCCCGUGUGAAUUCUGUGGGGUCCAGCUGGAAGAGGAGGUGCUGUUCCAUCACCAGGACCAGUGUGACCAACGCCCAGCCACAGCAAACAAUCACGUGUCGGAGGGAAUCCCUAGCCAGGAUCUCCAGCCUCGAGAGACCUCACCAGAACUGCCCAAGAGGCGUGUCCGACACCAGGGAGACCUGUCUUCUGGUUACAUGAAUGAUCUCAAGCAGGAAAUGGCUAAAGGGCCCACCUACCCUCUCCCCUCUAGCCGACCCCCUAACAAUACGACAGCUCCUCCUAACCGCCUGUCUACAUCCACAUCAGGCCCCAGGCCUGGGUGCCAGCCGAGCCCUCCUCGCGCUCUGAAGCUCAACAACUUAGACAGCCAGGGUGUCCGGGGGUGCAAUCGAAACAGCCAUAGCGGGGCUCUGGCUCCUGGCCAUGUCCCAGCAGCUUACCCUGCUCGGAGUCUCUACCCAGAAAACCUUGUGCCCUCUUUCCCCCGUGGGCCUUCAGGGAGAUAUGGAGCAAGCAGUAGGAGUGAAGGUGGCAGGAACCCCCGGGUCACCCCCACAGCUGCCAGCUACCGUAGCAGAACUGCAAAGCAGGCAAAAACCCCCAAGCAGCAGGGAGCUGGGGAUGCAGAGGAGGAGGAGGAGUAACAAGCGUCCAUAGAGAACUCGCGCGCUGGUUCCAUCUUCUCCGCACGACUUGUCAUGGUGCAGCCCUGCCCCUCGGGCUCUGUGGGCAGGGGCAACCUUUCAGAUUUUAACGUUUUCUAGGUUAUGGCCAUUUUGUGUCUUUUGAGAUUGUGCUGUGGGAGUUUAGGGGUUUGAGGGAGGGUUGGCAGGGAGGCUGUUGAGAAUGUUUCAGCUUUAGCUGCUGCCUUUGACAGCACAGAAGUGUACAUUAGGGCCCCUCGCCCCACCAGGGCUUCAUCUUUUGACAUACUGUCACCGUCGCUUCAUGGUGCUGUGGGGUCCUGGUGGGAAAGAGGGAAGGUUCUGGAAAGCUGGUCCCACCAGUGAGGUGAUGCUCUUCCUGUGGUGGCCUGAAUUUGGGACCUUGGGGGUAACCUCUCGUGUGUCCUGCCCAUCCCCACUCUAGAAUUUAGGCUCUAGGGUGCAUGGAGGAGCUUGGCUCAAGUGUUCAGGCCAGCUGUAAUAUGCGUUAGGAACAAGGCUUUUGGAGGAGUCUCAGGUGCGUGGACUACAGGCUUUGUUUUAAUCUGCUGCUUUGGCAUUUGGCAUCACUGCCUUCUGUUUCUGAGGGGAGCACGGCUGCUUUGUCUUCACUGCCUUCUGAUGGAGAAGGCCAGGGGCUCCCUGUGCCCUCCAGAGCCGUGCUGGGUUCUGCCUUAAUCAGGACUGAAGCCUAAACUCAUGUUUGGCUCUGAAAACCAAGAAUCAGAGCCCCCUCCCCUCUUUUUAUUUUACUAUUACUGUUAUUAUUAACAUCCUUGUAAUAAACUUUGUACUUGGAGUUCA